UAAUCCUACACGUAAAGUGUACUUUAGUUAGCUUGUUUUUUUUUUCACCUGCUGAAGUUUAUUAGUAGUGUGGCUCUCAUGUUGACAGUCCUGACCACAGUUUAUGCCUUCUUCCUACGGCAUCAAGCCAGGAAAGGAACAAGGGGACAAGUAAUGAAUGAUCAUGAAACAGUAAAGUUAAAUAAUCCCUUUUUGUCGUUUGAUAUGAUGAAAACGGUGGGGCAGCAGUAUGUAAAAGAAGUGGUGGAUUUUAGCUCCCAUUAUGGCAGUGAGAACAGUAUGUCAUAUACUAUGUGGAACUUGGCUAAUAAGCCCAAUGUGUAUCCUAACUCCGGUGAUUUUACUCAAGCAGCAGUGUUUCGGACAUAUGGGAAGUGGUGGGAUCUGAGCUUUGGUGCUCCACCAAAAUUUAGAAGGAUGCCUCCUGAUUUUUACAGUCAAGACUACGUAGAAGUUGCUUUUCAAGAGCCCGUGUAUCCCACUGCAGUUCACGUCCUUGAAACAUAUUAUCCGGGGGCAAUAGUUAGAAUCCUAGCUUGUUCAGUAAAUCCCUUUUCUCAGAAUCGUUCAUCAGAAGUGAGGUGGGAAACACUUUGGUCUGGAGCACCAACAAAUUCAUCUACUCUCCAUGCCUGCCAGUUCAUGCCACCUAUCAAGCCCAUAGAUUUUCCCACAAACCUUAUUCGACUGGAAGUAAACAGUUCACUGCUGGAGUACUACACUGAACUGGAUGCUGUCAUACUCUGUGGUGUAAAACAAAGACCUAAGAAUACUUCACUAAUAGAUUUAAAUGAUCUAAAUGAUAAGGAAAAGGAUGAUGAUGAAUGUGAAGUUCGCAGACUUGACGAAUCUUUGUAUAAAAUGACGAUCCAUCAGAACAAGAGUAAUGGCUACUUUGAUAUGUUGCCUUACGAGUUAAUCCAACUAAUUAUCAGUCACCUCACAGUACCGGACCUUUGUAGGCUGGCACAGACCUGCAAGCUGUUGAACCGUCAUUGUUGCGAUCCCCUUCAGUACAUUCAGCUGAGUUUACAACCAUAUUGGGCAAGGUUGGACGACACAUCCUUAGAGCACCUACAGUCACGCUGCACUCUUAUCCAGAGUCUGGAUUUGUCUUGGGCAGGAAGCAGAGGUGCCAUCUCUGUCCCAGCAUUCUGCAGGUUCUUGAAUGUCUGUGGAUCACAGCUUAUACGUCUUGAAUUGUCCUGCUGUCAUUUUCUGGAUGAGAUCUGCAUAGAGGCAAUUGCUCAGAUGUGUCCAAAUCUUCAAGAACUGAACCUUUCCUCUUGCAUUAGACUACAGUCUUCAGCUUUUAAUCACAUUUCCAAGAUUUCUGGUUUGAGACGCCUUGUUCUUUAUCGAACAAAAAUAGAGCAAACAGCACUUCUCAGCACUCUGAACUUCUGCUCACAGCUUCAGCAUCUCAGCCUUGGCAGUUGUUUUAAGAUCGAGGACUAUGACAUGGUAGCCAGCAUGAUUGGUGCCAAGUGCAGAGAUCUACGCUCUUUGGAUCUGUGGCGAUGCAACAUUUCUGACAAUGGUAUUGCCAGUCUGGUGUCUGGCUGCACACUUCUUGAGGAGUUGGACCUCGGUUGGUGUUCGGCACUGCAGAGCAGCACUGGCUGUUUUGUGAACUUGGCUCGCAAGCUUCCUUGGCUACGCAAGAUCUACCUCACUGCAAACAGAUCUGUUUGUGAUACUGACAUUGAAGAGCUGGCUGCAAACUGUCCUAACCUACAGCAUUUGGAUAUACUGGGAACAAGGUUGGUCAGUCCAGCAUCCUUACGAAAACUGCUGCAGUCCUGUGUGGAGCUGUCACUGCUUGACAUCUCCUUCUGCUCACAAAUUGAUACCAAAGUUGUACAGGAGUUUAAUGCAGAAUUUCCACAUGUCGCAAUCAAAAAAAGUUUCACACAUUGACUGUGCCUUCCUUCUCCAACUGCUGGCUGCUGUUUGUGUGACUUUUAGAUGGGCUUUGUCUCUCUGUACAAGGAAGAGUCAUGCACCUUAUGCUAUAACUCUUUUUCAGAAGUACUGUUGCAGCCAGAUACUGUGACCAUAGCAAUACUUAAAAACUUAGCAGUUUAUGAAGUUGGUAUGUGCUUACCUUGAGCUAGUUUUGUUAAUUUCAUUAAGUGACUGAAUUUAUAAUUUGCAUCUGAAAUCCGUGCAGACAAAACUUGUGGUAUGGCUGUAACCUGAGAGCAUUUUGCAGUCUAGCAUCCAUUAACGGCUUCUUCAUGAUUCUUGUAUCCAUUUCAGCCUCACAUUAACUACACAUAUAUGAAACUGAAAUUUGCACCAGCAAUUUUCUAUCACCAGGCUAUUCGAAUUUCAGGAGUGAGGGAAUAUACAUCUUGCAUUUUUUUUUCUUAAUGGCAUACAGCAGUUUUCCCUUAUUUGCCCACUAAAUAGAUGGUGCUAAACUGAUGACUGCAUUGAUAAAAAGUCUGACAGCUUAAAAAGGUUGGUUGUGUAUGUUGGUCUUGUGCCUUAAACAGCUGCUGCCAUCUCAGGGAAUCUUUGUAAACUGUAAUACUGAGCGGUAAAACAGUUUGUAUUUUUUUGUAUCGUUUCAUUUAUUUAAAACCAACGAUAUUUGUAAGAUCAUGAAAUGAUUAUCUUUUUCAUCUAAAGUUCUUCCAUGUCAUAGUCCUAAAAAUGAACUCCAUUUUCAUGAAUGUCACUGUUCCUAGCAGUGUACAUUAGUGUUACAUUUCUACAGUGAUAUGUAAGCUAGAAUGGCACAACUCUGAAGACACAACAGUCCUUUGUCAAAAUUAUGCUAAUCAUUAGUGAUUGUUAUAUCUCUUCUGUAGCAGAUUGUUGGCAUGGUGACUAAAAUUCAUAUAUACUACCAUGUUCCCUAACCUGUACAUGAGGCAUUUUAGGUUGGCACAUCAUAAGGUAUUCAAAAGUGAAAGAGGCUCAGACUCUUCUAAAAGUGCUACAUUUUCUGCAUCCUGGUACUUCUGUGGCUGUGAGUAAAAUGUGGUACUUUGGUACUUAGGGAACAUUAACAACUUUGGCAAAUGUUAAAACAAUUUUAACUAGCAGUAAUCUGGUUAAUUGAUCCCUGCCUAUUAAUUUGUCAAAUGCAGUUAAAGAAAGAAGUAAGGUUUACUUGUGGACACAGUGGGUAGUAUUCCUUCGGAGUCAAAAAUCUCUGUAGUGCCAGUUCCCUACACAGGUACUGUGCUUUAUUAUACUCAGCCAGUGCCUCACUGUUUUCUUUACAAGUGUGAAACUGUACUUGAUUGACUAAGUAGCUGUGUAAGCUCUGUACUAGCAAAGUGCUUCACUGAACUGGUGCACUUUAACAUGCAUCCUUGGCUGUGGAAAUCACAUCCUGUAAAUGCAUUACUUGCACUGAAACUUUGUUUCUUCAAUGUCACAACUUCUCACAGGCUUUUUCCAGCUAUUACAAGCUCUGUAUGUUUGGUGAACCGAAUACUGUAUUUUAAUCCUGAAUUAUUCCAUAAAAUGCUUGACUUACUGAGUAUUUAGACAGCAGCAUGUGCUUUUUUCUUUUUUAUGUCACAGUAUGGCAAAUGUUCAUGAAUGCAUGCAACAUGAUAGGCCCCUUAUUGUACCAGUAAUAGUAAUGAUGAUUUUAAGUUUAUAUAACAUUAAGUUAAUGUCUGGAACUCUUUAUCUUAAAAAAAUUGUCUUUCUCAGUUUUAAAUUAUCAUGAAAUAUAUUGCAUAUUGUAUAGUGUGGACACUCAGCAUUUUGCAUUUCUUUUAAAAUUCGGUGUAUUGAAAUUUUUCUUUACAUUAAGGGUUCUUACUCUUCAUUUGCUGUUGUAUAUGGUAGCUUAAUUAAUUUAUAAGUGGUAGGGCUUAAUUAAUUUAUAAGUGGUAGGGUUGAAAGUUUAAUUUUCAAGAAAUUGACUCUUUUACUUUUGUAUACAAGUAAAGUUUCUGCAGCACAGAAUUAGUUGUGUUCAGAAACUACGACAGAGAUGAGCUUUAAAUGACUUAGUGGUUUCUGUCACAGUCUGCACAGAAUGCCCAAUACAUUUUAUUUCUCUUAAAACCUUCAACAUUUAUUAGUUCAGUCCUGUAGUAUAACAUUUUCUAAUGCAUACAUGCAUUUCAUUUGCUGAUACGAAAAUAGAUACUGGGACUUGCUUUCAAGACUUCAUCUAAAUUUUAUUUUUCUAGUUUUGAUGUGAUAUCUAAAGCCUAAUAUGGCUGAAUGAUAUAUAAACAGCUAAGCUGACUGUAUCAUUUGACCCUGGUAACAAUUGCACUAUGUUUUAUACACACUGCUUCAUUCUUUUAGUAUUAGUGAGAAUUGCACUUGAUUCUGCAAUUUAUUUAUUGCAAUUAUUAAACCAGAAGGUACUUCAGUUACUGCCUGUGCAUGUUUGAGUUGCAAAAAAAAAAAAUAGUUAUGACUCACCUACUUAUUCAAAAUAUUUAUUUUAAAAAUAUUUCAUUGCUUAGAGAAAUUACACAUUAUAUAUAUUUCUAAAUCCCUAUAAAUUAUGUAUAAUUUAAUUUCAUGCAUAAUGGUUGCAUUGUCUUAAGAUCUGAAAUAUAUUGCAUAUUAUAAUCUACCUCCUAUUUAUAUUCAGCUGUAUUUGUGAUUAGGAUAUUUCCUCUUCAUAGUCUCCAGUUCUGCCUGCUUUGGUGAUCUCAGAUUCCUCACUUAUGACACUAGUAUACUAUGGUUAGCAUUAACUAGUUAGUGUUUUAUCCAGAGCAUCUAAUCCCCCAGUCCCCCAUACCUGUUUUUUUUUUCUUUCUGUCACUCAUUUUCUUAUUUAUAUUUUCGCACUUAUUUUACAUUGCUAUCUGAAGUGAAACCAUUUUUUACUUCUUCUAGCAUAUUAAACAGUGGACCAGCAUUUUAUUUUUCUUUUGUUCACACUUUUACCAUCAUGAAUUUAUGUUAGAAAAAUUCUCACUUCUGACUUUCUUUGUAUCCUUCUUAUAAUGUCUGAAAACCUUUUGAGGUGUAUGUCUGAUACGUGGUCGCAGUUCUGAAAGAACUAUGUUAUAUUUAAUUCUCAACUUGCUCAGUUUGUCUGUAGCACUUAAAAAGAUGAAUUAAAACACCUGCAGAAUGGUUCUAUCAGUCUAUGAAAUGAACUCUGAUAUAAUAACAUAAGCAGUGAUGAAUGUCUAGUUACAGGAUUACUUUUAACUUUAAGCAUGGCAGCGGUUUAGUUAUCAUUGAAGAUAUAUGAUUAAAUAAUACAUAUAAUGUGUGGCUGUCAGGUAUGGUAAUUAUACUGAAUAUUUUAGGAUGAACAAAAUGCAUUAACAAAUGAAGCUUUGUAAUACCACGUUAGAUGAUAUCCAGGUCACUAGAGCAUAUUUUAGGACAGCUGCCUCACUGCAGAAGGAGACAGUUGUUUACUUGUCAUGUUUACAGUCUCAGUAAAAAAAGUGAUGAUCUAAAAAUUAACAGUAAUUAAUUAGUAAAAAUUAUAUCAGUUUAAUCUUUUUUUUCUAUAAUUGAUAUUUACUAGUUGCAUUGUACUUUUAUUGCAGUCACCUUGCAUUGCUUUACUAUACUGUACUACAAAUUUCAAAUAGAAAUAUUUGGUCUUAAACUGAAGUAAACUUACAUGUGGAAUUUA